ACAUCAUCUCUACUCCUUUCUUUGUGAAAAUACUUCAUAGGCACGAGGGAUUCUGUACGAAGCAGUCUCCAAACCAUUCGUGUCCCACCACUCUAGUCAAAAUUGACUGUUUUCGCACCGCAAGAAAAUGGCAGUGCCUCGCUCCUAUUCGAGCUCGUCUUCACGAUUCUGCCUGCCGAUCUCUCAAUAUCUCAGGAUUCAACGGCACCAUGGCGGCUAGAGCAUCCCGACCGUCUCGCAAUGCUACCUCGAAGCGGCCGAUGAACGAGCAUGAGCCUUCUGGUUCGCACCGAGCGACACACGACAACCCCAGCCUCACCAGCCAUCAUGGCCAAACAGUCGCAAAUCCCAUCCGACAAGUCGACCCUAAGAGAUCAUACAAAGAGGAGAAAGACUAUCUUCACACUGCCUCUUCAUAUUCCCUGGCGCAACAAUCGCAUCCUGGUCCUCAUAUUCCAGUCCAAAGUAACAUGUACCCUCAGGCCUACAAUCCUCUGCCAUUGCCUCAUCAAGCUCCCCAACAACCCGUGAGGUCAGUUUACACCUGCGGUGGGUAUCCCAGCUAUCGCAUUGACAAGAGCUACAGGCUUCCUACAAACCCAGCCAACACCUCUAGAUACAAUUUCCGGAAUCUACUACCAAGUCAAAUUGCCUCGUUUGGCGCCAUGACUCCCGAUAUACCUUUACCAUCCAUUGAGGGCCGGAUUGUCAAUCCUCUCCACACACAUCGAUCCCUUCCACAUCACGCUAGUGGUCAUCGUGGCUACAGUCGAUCUCCAGCUCCGCCACCUCCACCAGAGCCUACCAAGAAGUACCUGCAACAGGCAGCAAAGAAUCCGACAACGAGUUCCACUCCGAAGAAACUCUUGGUCAUUCUCGAUCUCAAUGGCACUCUGCUGGUAAGACCAAAUCGCAAGGCCGAUCCCAAAUCGUUCGUUUUGAGACCUGGUGUUGCCCGCCUGCUCCACUAUCUCUUCGAAAAUCAUGUCGUUAUGGUCUACUCUUCGGCUCGACCAGAGAAUGUGCAAGGAAUCGUAAGCAAGCUUUUCUCGUCCCAGCAGCUUGCCCGUAUCGUUGCAGUUUGGGCUAGGGACAAAUUGGACCUCACCCCCCACCAAUACAACAAUAAAGUUCAAGUCUACAAGAAGCUCGACAAGAUAUGGUCUGAUAAAUCUAUCCAAAUGCGCGCCAAACGUGAUCACCCAUGGAAUAGUACCAACACCGUUCUAGUCGAUGACAGUCAUCUCAAAGCACUCGCACAGCCCCACAACCUUGUUCAACUCACCGAAUUCGAGAACAAUGCCCCUCGUGAAGGUGGCCAGGCGCUUCGAAAUUGGCAAGUGGAACAGGAACGAAUUAUGGAGUCUCUGGAGCUGAGGCUCGAGCAGUUGAAAUGGCAGGUUGAUGUUUCAAGACUGAUCAGGCGAUGGCAAAACGGCCAAGUACCUGCUCCUGGUGUUGUCGAUGAAACUGUAGAUCAGAAAACCCGGCAGGCGAUCCAAGUCCCCGAGCUUGCGGGAAGCCCUACACCGAGCGUGGGUCAACCCCGAGAGACCGACAGUGACAAUACUGAGUGUCAAAACCAUUAUCCCACUCCCCCAAGUCAGGACGUGGGCAAACCUACCGAGCGAUCAGUCAACAAGACAACCGCCACCAAUCAAGACAUCACCGCCGGUUUGGAAGGCGCUACUAUUAGUGACCCUGCUCUCCAGCGCAGUGAAUCCCCAAUCGGCGAGGAGGUGUUCCAAGAGCUCCUGGGCAAUCCCAAGAACAAAUCGAAGAAAGCCCGAUCCAAACGCAUGAGGCGUGCCAAGAAGGGGAAAACUGCCACUAUACCCUCAACACCUCAGAGCAUGGAGAGAUGAGAUACGAUUUGAGCGUGUAAUGAGGCUUCAGACCACAGGCUCAGGCCAGCCGGGUGUCUCUGACCAAGACGGCACCAGCGAGGCGUUUGGGCGUCUCUUCAAGUCUCAUCGCUUCUAUUAAGUCCUGGUAUGAUAAGCAGGAGAAUGUGAUUACAUCAAGACAUGGCACGCAGGGCAAUGGAGAUCCUGAGUAUAGCUUGUGCUAAUAGUAAGUUUUGACUUCUGAGGAUAAGGGUGCGACGAGGCAACACACAAGGGACAAUCUACUUGAUCGAGACAAUUGCGCCAGUUAUCUGGUGGAAUUGAAAGCAUUCUAACGCCUUCUCGGUGAUAUUGGAUGUCAAGCGGCGCUGAGAUCGAUUGCUUUGGGUGCUUCUGUAGCUAAAUAUGCAGCUUGUCGCAUUCACAUCUAUAGGA